UCUCACCAGUCAGGUGAGCCAGCUCUGUGACCCAGCUUCUCUCUCAGCAGAAGGAGGUAGCCUUCUGACUUUGGAGUGGCAGAGAAGUCUGUUCUGUCUCCAAUAAGGACCAGUGAAGUUCUUGAGAUGUCAAGAUGGUGCCUUCUCCUCAUAGCUUCCAAAGCACAAGUGGAAGCAGAGCAGUCCUGAGUAGCCCCUGGGUUUAUUUUUCCAUAAGGAAGUGUCUGGUUCUUAGCGCCGUCUAGCGGACAAAAAGGAGAAGGCUGCAGACUGAGGAGGUGAAGAUGAAAUGCAAGCUCAUGGAGGCUGUUUAUCAUGAGACUGGUUAAACAUCUGUGAAGCUGAGCCACAACCAGUUAAACAGGCUCCUCUGAGAUGAGGGUCCCUGUCCUUCUCUCAGGAUGCCUGGCCUGUAGGUUUCACAUCACUCCUGCGAGGGACUGCUUGGGGUGCAUUACUUUCUCCCACUGUGGGACCACGCAGCAAAGGAAUGGUAAACAGCAAGCACCAGAUGAAGAAAUGAGGAAAAUCUGUGGGACAUCUAAAGAAGAGCUGGUGCAGUGGGGUGCUGGAGGAAGCCUAGGACCCUGGUGGGAAGUUAUCUGUUGCUGCUUGUAUGUGCUGAAGCUCCCUGUGUCCAUGAGAAGGCCAGGUCCAAAUCAAAUACUCUAUGGAUGUUAAAGGUCUUGCUUUGGGUGUGAAGCUCUACAUCCUGAAUAUACAGAGCAAACAACGUAGCCUCUUAUCCUGCGACCUUGUCAGCAUCAGAAUACAGGGGCUGUUCAUUAACGGGCUGCCUCACGGGAGAACAUGAGCAGGUAAUGCACAAGGAGCACCACUGGGAAUCAUGUCAGACGAGUCAAUCUCAGGGAGUGAUCCGGACCUGGACCCGGACUUGGAGCAGGAGGAUAUGGAAGAGGAGGAGGAGGAAGAUGAGGAGGAGGCGAUGGAGGAGGAUAAUGACGGGGAUGACGAGGAGGACCUACUUGAUGAGAGUGACCAACCCCAGGAACCUGUGUUCAGCAGUGACCAUGUUGAACACACAGAGGAUGGAGAAUGGCAGCGCUCUACUUCAACUACCUCAUCUCAGAGUGAGCGGGCAGAGCGACUCUUGCAGAACCAGCACAAGAGCCUGGCCUCUGAGGACACCAAAAAGAAGAGAGCCCAGAAACCGUCUCACAUGCGGAGGAACAUAAGGAAGCUGUUGCGUGAGGACCAACUGGAAGCUGUAACAAAAGCAGCCCAGCAGGAAGAGUUGGAGAGAAGGAAGCGGCUAGAACAGCAGCGGAAGGAUUACCCAGCCACAAUACCUACUGUGCCCCUGGAGCUUCUUCCUGAGGACGUGGUUUUCAGAACAGCAGAGGCUACCCAGCUCCCCCCUCAGGUCCUGGCUGAGGAAGUUAUCUGCUUGGAUAGUACCAGCAGUGGCAGUGAAGAUGAUGCUAAAGGCAAAAAUAGCAUAAAAGACGAAGUGAUUGAGCUGAGUUCAGGAGAGGAUGAUGCCCUCCAAAUUGUGGACAGCAGUGACUCUGGCAAUGAAGGGGAGGAGGAUGGCAGUGAAGAGAGCAGUGGCUCUCAUGUGAAUGAUGCCUUAAAUCAGUCAGAUGCUCUGGGGCAAGUCAUUGUCAACAUCAAUCAUCCACCAAAUGAGGAGGACAUUUUCCUGGCUCCCCAGCUUGCACAUGCAGUAAAACCUCAUCAGAUUGGUGGAAUCCGGUUCCUGUAUGACAACUUGGUAGAGUCUUUGGAGAGAUUUAAAACCAGCAGUGGGUUUGGGUGUAUUUUAGCACAUAGCAUGGGCCUGGGCAAGACCAUCCAGGUCAUCUCUUUCUUGGAUGUACUUUUUCGGCACACAGAGGCAAAGACUGUUCUUGCCAUUGUACCUGUGAAUACGCUUCAGAACUGGCUAGCAGAAUUCAACAUGUGGCUCCCAGCACCUGAAAACCUUCCUGCUGAUUAUAACUCCAAAGAGAUCCAACCCCGCACUUUCAAAGUCCACAUCUUGAAUGAUGAACACAAGACAACAGCUGCACGUGCAAAGGUGGUGAAUGACUGGGUGACAGACGGUGGUGUGCUGCUGAUGGGGUAUGAGAUGUACCGUCUCCUCUCACUGAAGAAGUCUUUUGCCACUGGUAGGAAAAAGAAAGCAAAGAAACAAGCUGGCCCUGUCAUUAUUGACUUGGACGAGGAAGACCGUCAGCAGGAGCUUCUGAAAGGGAUUGAGAAAGCUCUGUCUCGCCCUGGCCCAGAUGUGGUGAUUUGUGAUGAGGGACACCGGAUAAAGAAUUGCCAUGCCAGCACUUCACAGGCCCUGAAGAACAUCCGCUCCCGCCGGCGGGUGGUGCUGACUGGCUACCCGCUCCAGAACAAUCUCCUCGAGUACUGGUGCAUGGUAGACUUUGUCCGACCUGACUUCCUAGGCUCGAGGCAGGAAUUCAGCAACAUGUUUGAGCGUCCUAUCCUGAACGGGCAGUGUAUCGACAGCACCCCUCAAGACGUCCGCCUCAUGAGGUAUCGCAGUCACGUCCUGCAUAGCCUGCUGGAGGGCUUUGUGCAGCGGCGAGGCUACAAUGUGCUGAAGGUGCAGCUGCCAUCGAAGGAAGAACAUGUCAUUCUGGUGCGGCUGUCCAAGAUCCAGCGGGCCCUUUACACCGAGUUCAUGAACCGCUUCCGAGAUGCAGGCAACAGUGGCUGGCUGGGACUGAACCCACUCAAAGCUUUCUGCGUCUGUUGUAAGAUCUGGAACCAUCCAGAUGUGUUGUAUGAAGCUCUGCAAAAGGAGAAUCUGGCAAACGAGCAGGAUUUGGAUGUGGAUGACCUUGGCACAGCAAGUACGAAUUCCCGCUGCCAGCCUCAGGGAAUUAAAGUCAAAACAGAGAGCAAUGCAUUGGCAUCACCAGUUGGAGAAGCUACUAACAGCAAGUUCCUCCAGAGUGUUGGCUUCAACCCCUUUCAAGAGAGAGCAAAUCAGGUUGUUACUUAUGAGUGGGCCAAAGACAUCUUGUGUAAUUACCAGACAGGAGUCUUGGAGAACUCACCCAAGAUGGUGUUACUGUUCCACCUAAUAGAGGAAAGCGUGAAGCUUGGAGACAAGAUCUUGGUCUUCAGCCAGAGCUUGUCCACAUUAUCUGUCAUUGAAGAGUUUUUGGCGGAGAGACCAAUGCCGAGUCCUCCGUGCUCGGAAGGAGGUCACAACUGGGUCCGAAACAUCAACUAUUACAGACUGGAUGGCAGCACCUCUGCCUCAGAAAGGGAAAGACUGAUUAACCAGUUCAAUGACCCCAGCAAUACUUCUGUUUGGCUCUUCCUUUUGUCCACACGUGCUGGGUGUUUGGGUGUCAACCUCAUUGGAGCAAACAGAGUGGUGGUGUUUGACGCUUCUUGGAACCCAUGCCAUGACGCCCAGGCCGUGUGCCGAGUGUACCGCUACGGGCAGAAGAAGCCCUGCCACAUCUACAGACUGGUCUCAGAUUACACCCUUGAGAAGAAGAUCUAUGACCGUCAGAUCUCCAAGCAGAGCAUGUCAGAUCGGGUGGUGGAUGAUCUGAACCCAAUGCUGAACUUCACCCGACGGGAGGUAGAGAACCUGCUGCAUUUUGUGGAAGAGGAAUCUGACCCUGCUCAGCUCUCUCUCAGUCCAAGCAAGAUGAAGGAGUCUGUUCUACAAUUAGCCUGUCUCAAGUAUCCUCACCUCAUCACCAAGGAGCCUUUUCAGCAUGAGUCACUGCUGAUCGACCGGAAGGAGCACAAGCUGACCAAGGCAGAGAAAAAAGCGGCUAAGAAGAGCUACGAGGAAGAAAAGCGAGCAUCCGUCCCCUACACCCGGCCGUCCUACGCACAGUAUUACCCAGCCAGCGACCAGAGCCUGACGAGCAUCCCUGCCUUUAGCCAGAGGAACUGGCGACCAGCCCUCAAGGGUGAGGACAAGCCCGUGGCAAGUGUCCGCCCAGUUCAAUCCACCCCCAUUCCUAUGAUGCCCCGACAUGUGCCCAUGGGCAGUGCAGGGUCAGCCUCAAGUUCCAAUCCUGCUGUGAACUUCCCCAUCAACUAUCUACAACGAGCUGGUGUCCUUGUGCAGAAGAUUGUCACCACCACAGAUAUUGUGAUUCCGGGUACAAACACAUCCACUGAUGUCCAGGCAAGAAUCAGUGCUGGUGAGAGCAUCCAUGUCAUCCGAGGGACAAAGGGGACGUACAUCCGGACCAGCGACGGGCGGAUUUUCGCUAUCCGGACCACGGGCAAGCCGAAGGGCAGUGAAGAGCGUCGGACAGCUGCCUCAGCAGGCUCCCAGAGCUCUUCACUGGAGUCCACAAGCAAUGGCAGACACAGUGCCUCAUCGCCGCAGCUCCCCAGCACAGAGGAGCUCACUCGGCCCAUAUCCCCUGACAGCCCUGAGAUCAUCAGCGAGCUGCAGCAGUACGCAGAGGCGGCGGCUGCCCGGGAGUCCCGGCACAGCUCUCCCAGCACCAACGCAGCGCAAGGCCACCCUGCCCGCACGGACAACGCACCCAGCCUAGGAGCCCGGGCAGCCGAGCAGCGUGUGGGGAUUCACUGCAUGGCUCCCUCGUUGUCUUCAGCCCUGCCGGCCACCAGCCAGCACGUCGAUGCCCACUCGGUGUUGGACUUACGCGGCAACAAGCGCAAGUCGACCUCGCCGUCGGCUCCGGAGGAGCAGGCCCGCAGGCAGCAGAAGAAGCGCCAGCUGCCAUCGUCCGUGCAGCCCUACGAACACGGGUACCCUGUCUCUGGUGGGUUCACCAUGCCUCCUGUCUCUUUAAACCACAACCUAACCCAUCCAUUAGCCUCCCAACCAGGAAACUCCUUGUACAUGGGCGCUGGCUCCUCUUAUUACCAGCUGCCCAAUUUACUCCCAGACCCUCAUCUGGUGUUCCCUGUGACUACUGACCCUCUGCUGACAGCCGGCACCGCCAGCUCUUCUGCUGCUACCUCAGCCACCGCCAGCGUCCCCUCGUUCAUGGUAAACCCUUCUUUGACGGGGGUGCUGCCCAAUUACUCGCUUCCCUUCACGCAGUCACUCCUGCCCGAGCCCAGGAUGUUUGCUCCUUUCCCAGCCCCUGUCUUGCCUAGCAGCCUUCCCAGGAGCAUGGCAUCUGCCUACCCUGGCUACAUGUCCCCUCACUCGGGCUACCCGGCUGGGGGCAUCCUUCGGUCCCAGGUGCCUCAGUUUGAACCCCAGGAGGUCCCAGAGGUGGGAUGCAGCUCUAAUGAUGAGGACAAAGACGACGAUGUUAUAGAGAUCACAGGGAAAUAAAGAGCCCAGCUCUUGCAUGGUCUCAGCUCCGCCAGGAGGCAAAAAUUGCAGGACCUUUUUUUGGGAGUCAGGAUUUCCCCUCUGGGUCUCAUCAGCGGGUGGAGAAGGAUGCAAAGGGUGUGGUGUGGGGGUGGUUUUGUUCUCAGUUUGUUUUGUUGUUUUUUAGCUGUCAAGGUUCUGAACUGUAUUAGGGGCUGGGAAAUGGGAGGGCAAUAGAGCAAACCUGCGAGGGCCAGGGAAGCGAGGGCCAGGGGAGGAGGGAAGCAGCCAUGCAAACCGUAAGAGUGCCUCCCUCCCACCCUCCGUCUGUCUGUCUGUCUCUGUUCUCUGUCUUGUCUGGAAGGGGGAGGCUUGGUGUUGCGAGUCACUGUUCUUUUCAGGCCUGGAGGCUUGACUGCUGGCAGGGCCGAGCUCCCUCUCACAUGAACUGCCUUAUCUGUGAACUUCUUACUUCGGGAGGUGUGGGCCAGGGCGGGGCAACUCCAGGAGAGGUUGAGGACGAAGUGUUUUCAUGGGGGAGGGGAGUGGGAGGGCUUCUAUGUCGUGUGUGGUGGGGCACGGGGGGAUUGAUGUUAAAAAAAAACAAAAAAAAAGAAAGAAAACACCCCACAAACAAUUUAUCAUCCUCUUCAAAUUCACAUCGAACUAGUGUGAGGGUUCCAGGCAGGUUCCUGUUGCAGCAAGAAGGGCAGGGUACUGACAAGGGCUGCCCAGGGCGGUGGUGGAGGCACCGUCCCUGGAGGUCUUCAAGAAAAGACUGGAUGAGGCACUUGGUGCCAUGGUCUAGUUGACUGGAUAGGGCUGGGUGAUAGGUUGGAGUGGAUGAUCUUGGAGGUCUCUUCCAACCUGGUUGAUUCUAUGAUUCUGGAGGGUCCUGUUCUCCCCUGGAUCCCUCUGGAGGGUCCCAUCCAAGGUGGUAGGUCAGUCCUGUGGCACUGAUGCCAGCUCUGUGUACCAGAUGAGCGAAGCAAUCCCAAACAUCUUGAUGGUUGUUGCAGGGGAGUCCUGGUGACUUCUCUGGCUCCAGGCCACAUCUCACCCUGCCAUGGCCCACCAAAUCCACGGGUAGGUGUGCUCGCUGCUGCUUCUGGGCAGCAGCACCAGGCAGUGGAGAAGGUCGGGAAAGGAUGCUGGACCCAGUGCCGGUUGCUGUUGGAUCUGUAAUUGGAGUGACUUCCCCCUGCACGGAAUCUCUAGGUUAAUUUAUUUCAUGAAAGUGUAAUAUUUAUUGCUUGGGAGACUCUUUCUUUCUACUCUAAAAUUAAUUAAAAAAAUUAAAUGCCAGCCUCCAUCAUGCAGUGGUUGCUUGUUUGGGUGUCUGUGUGGGGAGAAGCAGCCAAUUGACCAAAGCAUAGCCUAGAGGCAAGGCCAAUUGCAGAGGCUGCCUGUAGCUGGCCCAUAUCUUGUUGGCUGGAUGCGCCCCAUCAGGCAAUCAUGUCAGAGCAGGGAGGAGCUGCUCCAAGUGUUCCACCACAGCAGCCAGAGGGAGGAUGGAGUCCUCUUGUAAUGCUGAGGCAGGUGGAGGAGUGCAUGUGGAUGCCUCCUGUGCUCAUUUCCCAUGAGGAGGAGGGCUGUGAGGCAUGCAGAGUUGGGAAGCACCUUUUCCCACGCAAGGAGCAGCCCUUGGCACAUCCCUGCUCUGCCAAGCACAUGGAGGCUGGCCCUGGCCUCGACAGUGACAUGCUGGCUGCUCACCUUGGUGCCAGGGCUCUAAGGAGAGGCCAGGCCACCCAAGCACAGCUGGACUUGGGGUGUGUGACUGUGAGUGUGAACGGGUUAGGAUGGAGACCUGAAAUCCAGGCCACCUCCAUGCCACAUCUGGGUUUCACCAGACAGGAUAUGUGCUUGCCAGUUUGCAAUGUCCCUGGAGCAUGGCUGGGACUUUGGAGCGGUGGUAGCUGUCAUGGAAGCUGUAGGCACUGGUGUUUGCUGGGACCAACUAGGUGUAGGAAAGGGCAGGAUGUCCCAACAUCCUCUGUGAAAGAGGUGUUGGAAGAUAGGGACCUCCCUUCGUAAGAGAGAGAGAGGAAUGUGUGUGCACGCGUGUGUUAUGAAACCAAUAAAAGCUGUCGUGGGGCUUCCCUAGUGUCUUUCUGUUGAAUGGACAUUGUCUGUCAAACAUGACCACACCACUCGUAGAAGCCUUAGAUCAACAGUUUAGCUAUGCAAAUUAUUUUAAUUAUUUUUUUAAGAAAACAAACAUUAAAAUAGUGCUUUCUUCUUUAACAUAUCCUAGGAGUUGAAAACCGAGGGGUUCUGAGCAAACUGCUGGACAACUUGUCUUUGGAUGCACCAUGGAAAUAAAAAUCAGACCCCCCCACAAAAGUAACAAAGCAAAUUAACUGAUGGUGUUCAUGCAAGUUUCUCCAAAGACUUGACAGUGCUGCAUCUGUGAGUCAUGCCCUCCUGUGCUCUGUGUGUCCACCUCAUGCACAACCCUGUGACACUGAUUGUAUGACCAGCUUGCCCAGAUGUCCGUUGCAUCCCUGUGAGGCUAUCAGUUUUCUGCUGGAUUUGGGGAAUGGACCUAGGCAAGAGCUUUCUUUGUCAAGAGUAGCAAGUCUUGAGACCUGUGGGUGUGGUGGGGAGGCCGAGGCACAAGCAGACCUUCACCAGAGCCCUGCCACAGCCCCUGUCCUCACUGGUGAUGGUAGUCAGGGUAGUGGGGUUCAUCCAAGGGACACUUCUGGGGCUUUUCUGUGGCUCUGUGCUGGGACAAGGCAUGAAGGUUUGGCUGGGGGCGGUUGGCACCAGCUGGCUCUGGAGGCAGUACCUGACUGCAAGCCGUUUUCUCUGUUCCUUGUCUAUCCAGGAGAGCACCCAGGGCUUCCUGAGUAGGCCCUGGCACGUCCCCAUGCUGCUAUCUGAUGUCCUCCCAGGGUUCUCCAGCACAGCCCAAGUCCAGUUUGGCAGUUAUCUGCUGCAGAACACAUGCUCUGUGCCAUGGGCUGGCUGUUAACCUCCUGGCACCAGGGCCAGGAGUGAGGGCUUCCUGACUCCAGCAUGGCCAUGGCCAUGACUGCUCACCACCCUCCUGUGAUGUGUCUGCCUAGGGAUGUGGCAGGCAGCUGCACCAUGGUGCCCCUGCUCAAUACGCGCCUGAGCAUAGCCCCAUACACCCUCCCUCAGCACGGUGGGGUGUGGUGACACUUGCCCCACAUACAAACCCCAGACACCUGCUUAACAAGGGGAUAGGUGCCCUGAGCCCCAUCAGAGGGGCUUGAGAGGUGGUUGCAGACAUAGCUGUGAGAUCCUGACCCACGGGACUGCCACAGUGACUGGCAGCAACUGGGGCUGCUCCAAGCUGCCUGAUGGCAUUUUGUGUCCCAGGAGCUGUGGGAAGGGUUUUCUCCACUCCACAGAAGCUGUGAGGGCAUGUGGGUUAUCCAAGGGGGCUUUUCAAGUUGGAGGACCUCUCUGAGCCCUAAAACUCCACUUCCUGUGGGACUCCCUCUCCCCUUCAUCUGCCCUCCUCAGACUUCUCUUCAGCACAUGGUUCUGCUGCAGAGAGUCCCACCUCUGAUUUCCCCAGCCUUGAACUGGGGCUUUUCCUGCACGGGUUACACUUUCCUUUUGCUGCUCAAUUACUGUCUCCAAAUGACUAGAGAGAGGCAGCUGCCAGCUGGUGGUGGGGCUGUGGGUGACACUGGGGACAGCAGUGAAGGACCCUCCACUGAGGUUUUUUGACACUAAGGAAGAUUUCUGAGCAAAGCUCUGAGGCCAUGGUAGAGCUGCAGAGGCCUCAGGGAGUGGCUAGCUGCCCUCCACCUUGGCACUCAGCCCUCAGUCCCUCCCUGUAGUGGGAGGUCCCCACACAUGGGGACAGUGGAGUGAAGGCUGGGUACCACUGCAGAAUAUAGUGUCAUGGGUAUAGGGUAGGGCUGUGGCUGCUCUGCACCCCAGUCUUAGUGGCCUUGUUGCCUUCUUGCUGAUGCAGCUCUUGGGGCAUCAUGGGGGGCUGUGGGUUGGGGGGCAUCACAGCCCAGUCUGGCCUGUGUUGGGCAGGAUCAUGGGCACAUGGGACCCCAGCAUGCCUGGGAGGUGGAUGGGGUGGGUGCAGGUACUCACAGACAGCAAAUACUCCAUCAGGCUGAGGAUGGGGUUUCCACAGAGGCUUCACUAGCAGUAAUUGUGUAUUUUGGCUUAGUGGUGUCAGCAAAUGGCUGUCGGUUCGUGGGUGGCUUCCAAGCCAGGAGGGACAAGCACAGCAAAAGUCUUCAGAGCUGAUGUUUUCUUGCCACUCUGGGAUGAAUUUUGUUAAUUCAGACUUGGAAGGACUGGGAUGGGGGGAGGGCUGGGGCGGGGGGCAGAGGUUAAAAGGGGAACGUAGUCCAGCUAGAUGACAGUGAGAUGAUGGCUCCUUGAACUCAGAGCAAGGGACAACAGUGCUAGUGAGGGAGAGCAACCUCUGCCACCUCAGUGGCACCUGGCUUGAAGCUGGAGUCCUGGGCAGAUCCACGGGAGCCUGAAGGAAUCCAUCACUGAGUCUCAUUUGUUUUUUCUGUCGGUUUGGGGUUGUUUGGUUUUUUUUCUCUUUUCGUUGUGUUUCUUCACCUUUUUUAACUACACCUUUAGUUUGUGGCCUGUCUGUUUGUGGUUGGAAAGAGGAGUAUUGCUAGCAGGGUGGGUUGGUCGGUUGGCCCCACGCAUGAUCUUGUGCUUCCCUCUUCUCUCUGUCGAACGGGGCGUGCUCGCCUGAUCUCCCGGAGCAGAGACUGAACAAUUUGUUGUUUAUAUGAUGUAUUUAUUUUUACUUGUGUUUCAUGUCAUUUUUUAAAAAAACAAUAAAUUGUAAGUUGGUAUAA